AUGCCCACCGCCAAAUUAUUCAUCUCUCUCCUCUGUUUCUCUCUCCUCACUCUCUCCGUCACCGCCCGCCCCUACGUCCUCGUCCUCUCCCAAGAAGACUUCAAAGACGAACCCCCUUCCGAUCCCGAUUCCUCCCCCGAGUGGGACGAGUUCGGCGACUCCGACUCUCACAAAUCCGAAGAGGAUCUCGACCCUGGAUCAUGGCGCCAAAUCUUCGAACCAACCUCCACCCAACCGCAACCUCAACCUCAAUCCGAUACGGAGGCUCUCUACUACUCCGCCGUGACCAAGCUUAUGACAGGAGACGCGAGGCUAAUCGAAGAAGGCUCUGGUGAGAUUGAGACGGCUGCAGAGUCUGGUUACCCGGCGGCACAAUCAGUGUUAGGGUUUUUGUGGGGAAUGGGGCUUUUGAGAGAGAGGAGUAAACAGAAAGCAUUUGUUUAUCAUCAUUUUGCUUCAGAUGGUGGCAAUAUGCAAUCCAAAAUGGCUCUUGCUUAUACCUACACUCGUCAAGAUAUGUUUGAUAAAUCGGUUAAGCUUUAUGCUGAAUUAGCAGAAGUGGCUGUCAAUGGUUUUCUCAUUUCCAAAGAUUCUCCCGUCAUUGAACCUAUUAGGCUACACAAUGGAGCUGAAGAGAACAAAGAGGCACUUAGAAAAUCUAAAGGGGAAGAGGAUGAGGAUUUUCAGAUUCUCGAGUAUCAGGCACAGAAAGGGAAUGCUGCUGCUAUGUACAAAGUGGGACUCUUUUACUACUUUGGGCUACGUGGAUUGAGGCGUGACCAUUCUAAGGCACUUUCGUGGUUCUUGAAGGCAGUGGAGAAGGGAGAGCCUCGCUCCAUGGAGCUUCUCGGAGAGAUAUAUGCCAGGGGAGCCGGUGUUGAGAGGAACUAUACAAAAGCCUUUGAAUGGCUUACUCUAGCAUCUAAGCAUCACCUCUACUCUGCUUAUAAUGGGAUUGGUUAUUUGUAUGUCAAAGGCUAUGGAGUCGACAGCAAAAAUUACACUAAAGCAAAAGAGUAUUUUGAAAAGGCUGCUGAAAAUGACGAGGUUGGUGGCCAUUAUAACCUAGGUGUCAUGUUUCUCAAGGGGAUUGGAGUGAAAAGAGAUGUGCGGUUGGCAUGUAAAUAUUUUAUAGUGGCUGCCAACAAUGCUAUUGGAGCUGUUUCUUCACCUCGUUUGGGAAUUGGAGCUAUGAAGAAGAGUACGCUUGCGUCUCGGAAAUCUGGUACCGGUACCGGAACUGGAACUGGCAGUUUUCCAAGUCCUGGAACUCCGAACUAUCGUCACUGUCAAGGUGGUGUUGCAAUGCAGAAGGGUUGGAGUUCUGAGAGAGUUCCUUUGAGUGGGGUCCGCAAGCAAGUUGGUAAUGGUCCGGCUGCAUUGUGUUUAAGCAAUGGGAGAACGUUGCCGUCUAAGUGGGAAGAUGCUGAGAGGUGGAUUUUGAGUCCUGUUUCGGGGGAUACAGCUGGAAGGGCUUUGGUUCCACAGCCACUGAGGAGGCCAAAGUCGAAGAGUGGUCCUCUUGGUCCACCUGGUGUUGCGUCGUUGUAUUCACCUGCAGGUCAUUAUUUUGAUGGAGGGGGUUUUAUGUCAGCUUCACCUUUUUCUGCUGCUGUUAAUGCUUCAUCUGUUGGGUUUACAAAUAGUUCUGGGGGCAAUGGUGGAGUGCUUCCUGCACGGACGGAUCCUUGUAUGGCUCGCUCAGUUAGUGUACAUGGCUGCUCUCAGAUGCAGGGCCAGUCGUCAGUUCCUGCCCGAGAGGAAAAGUUCGAUAGUUUCAAGGAUGCAGGCACCAAUGUAUCUCCUGCUGUUUCAAGGAGGGACAUGGCUACCCAGAUGAGCCCAGAGGGAAGUUCAUGCUCCACUCCCAAUAGGAGGACUUCUUUCUCUGCUUCCACACCCCCUGCCAUGCCUGUCACUGAGUUGCAGAGUGCCUCUCUCUCUAAAAUGGAUAUCAGGGAUGUGCAGGUAGAUGAACGUGUAACAAUGACAAGGUGGUCCAAGAAACACAGGGCUUUAUUCAUUGGUAGAGGUUCAGAGAGUGUCGACAGCUGGAAAAAGAAAGAAACAAGCACUCGAUCUACAUCUUGGGAAAUUUCUGAAAGCUCAAAGACUAUUUCAAAGGCUAAAAGGGAGGAAGCCAAAAUCACUGCAUGGGAGAACUUGCAAAAGGCGAAAGCUGAGGCAGCAAUACGGAAACUUGAGAUGAAGUUAGAAAAGAAGCGAGCAUCUUCCAUGGACAAGAUUAUGAACAAACUGAGAUCCGCUCAGAAAAAGGCUCAAGAAAUGAGGGGUUCAGUUCUAGACAACCAGACACAUCUAGUUGCCAGAACUUCUCACAAGGUUAUGUCAUUUCGGAGAGCCAGCCAGAUGGGUUCUUUGGUGUUUUGUUUAGAGAAUUUGAUUGUAUGUUUUUGGAUUUGGAUUGAAGUACUCAUAGAUGGGCAUCUACAAAUUUGGCUAUGCAAACGCCCUCUUAAUAUUCUAUAUGUUAUGAUAUUUGGAAACAAUAGGAUUUGGUAA